AUGAAGGAUCUGGGUCUUCUCAAGUAUUUUUUAGGAAUUGAAGUUCUGAGAUCAGAAAGGGGAAUCUUCAUCAAUCAGAGAAAGUACAUCCUCGAUCUGUUAGCAGAAGUGGGAAUGGUAGACUGCAGGCCAGCAGACACUCCAAUGAUACAGAAUCACGGAUUGCAGAUAGUGGAAGGAGCGACGCUCACAGACAGGGGGAGAUAUCAAAGGUUGGUAGGUAAGCUCAUUUAUCUCUCUCAUACUAGGCCGGACAUAGCAUAUGCUGUGGGAGUAGUGAGUCAGUUCAUGCACUCACCACAGGAAGAUCAUUGGGAAGCAGCUCUCCGGAUUGUACGAUAUUUGAAGGGUACUGCGGAGCAUGGGGUGUUGUUUGAGAAACAUGGACACUUGGAGAUUAGUGGCUUUACUGAUGCAGAUUGGGCGGGAAACCUAAAUGACCGAAAAUCCACGACAGGGUACUUUACACUAGUAGGAGGAAAUCUUGUCACUUGGAGAAGUAAAAAGCAAAAGGUGGUUGCACUCUCAAGCGCGGAAACUGAAUUUCGGGGAAUCAAAAGUGGCCUCACGGAAAUAUUGUGGCUGAGGAAGCUCAUGACAGAGCUUGAUCUGUAUGUACCAAAACCAUGUAGACUGUUCUGCGACAACAAAGCUGCGAUUAGCAUCUCUGAGAAUCCAUGGGCCCUCUUCUCACUGCUGCACCCUACAAACCCUAAUUCUCGUUUUCAUGCCCUAAUUCAAUCCCCUUUUCCUGAGAUUGCUGCUGGUGGCUUUCCUGUUAAAGAAGCCGGGUUGAGUGGAGUAAAAGGGAAGGGGAGAGACAAAUCUGGUUACAGUCUUUUUCUCAAAGAUGUUGAUUUCCUGGUCACUCCAUAG